UGUUUCCCGAUCAUUUAUGUUCGGCUAAACAUGAUAUAGUUUGUUUGUAAAACAAUUUCUUUCUCGAUUCUAACUUACAUCAACUACACGUUACAUAUAACAUACUACCAAUCGGCCUUUUUAUCACGUUCAACAUGGCGGAUCAGACAGAGAGGGCGUAUCAGAAGCAGCCGACAGUUUUUCAGAACAAGAAGCGCCUCCUUGGGUCUGGAAAGAAGGCAGCUCGUCUUGUGCGAAACGUCGGCCUGGGCUUCAAGACACCUUCCGAGGCCAAGAAUGGACAGUACGUCGACAAGAAGUGCCCCUUCACGGGCAACGUUCACAUCCGCGGCCGGAUCCUGUCGGGCGUGGUCACCAAGAUGAAGAUGCAACGGACGAUCGUCAUCCGCCGGGAUUACCUACAUUACAUCACCAAGUACAAGAGGUUUGAGAAGCGCCACAAGACCAUGUCGGUCCACCUGUCCCCCUGCUUCAGGGACGUUCAGCUGGGCGACAGUGUGACGGUGGGCGAGUGUCGGCCUCUCAGCAAGACGGUCCGCUUCAACGUUCUCAAAGUCAACAAGGCCCCGGGCUCCGAAAAGAAACAGUUUGCCAAGUUCUAGAACUUGGAACUAGUUCCGAGGUUGAUGGCAACAUAGGGGGAACGGUGGAAUAGUCAUCUGAAGUCCACUAACUCAUGUAAUACGGAGAAACGCUAUUAAGAUAUGUCUUGUGAUGUGAUUUUUGAGGAUCAAUAAAAAAGCAUAUUUGCCACAUAGAAAGGA